AUGUCGAAUUUGAAACUCAGAGAGGUCAUUAAGCAGAUCAGAUCUUGCAAGACUGCUGCUGAAGAGAGAGCUGUUAUUUCAAAAGAAUCAGCUCUUAUAAGAAAUGCAUUCAAGGAAAAAGAGUGUGAGCACCGUAAUAGAAACAUCGCCAAGCUACUGUUCUUUAACUUGCUAGGCUACCCCACUCACUUCGGUUAGAUUGAGUGUAUCAAGCUGGUAGCUUAAGCUAACUACACUGAAAAGCGUAUCGGAUAUCUAGGCUUGUCUUAGUUGCUAGAUGAGUCGUCUGAUAUACUCAUGAUGGUAACAAAUCAAAUAAAGAAAGAUUUGAAUGAGAAGGGAAAUAACGCAUUGGUAUCCUUAGGUUUGACUGCAAUAGCUGAAAUUUCCACCGAACACAUGUGCAGAGAACUCUAUCCAGAGGUCAAGAGAUUAAUGAAGAGUUCAUCUCCAUACAUCAAACAGAAGGCAGUAUUAGCCGCCAUUAGAACAGUCAAAAAUAUCCCAGAUACCAUUGAGGACUUUUUAGAGAUUAUAGAUUAGCUAAUUUAUGACAAGAGCCAAAGUGUGCUUCUUGCAACGACUACUUUGAUGGUUGAGAUACUGAGAGUAGAUGAAAGCUAUAUCAAAUCAUUCAGAAAAUAUGUUGCUACAUUAGUUAGAAUUCUAAAGAAUCUUUUAAUGAGCGGAUAUAACCCUGAGUACGAAAUUAGUGGAGUAAAGGAUCCAUUCCUAUAAGUCAGAGUACUUUAGUUGCUAAGAAGAUUAGGAGAAAAGAAUUCUGAGGCUUCAGAUGAGAUGAGCGAUAUCUUAGCCUAAAUUGCUACCAACACUGAGUAAACUAAGAACCCAGGUAACUCAGUGCUUUCUGAGUGUGUUAGAACCAUUAUGGGCAUUGAGGCAAGUCAAGGUCUUAGAGUCUUAGGAAUAAACAUUCUUGGAAGAUUCUUGAUGAACAGAGAAAACAAUGUGAGAUUCGUUGCUCUCUAGGCUUUGCAGUAGGUCGUAGACAUAGAUUAUAAUGCAGUUAAAAGGCAUCAAGCAACAAUCACUGAUUGUCUUAAAGAUCAUGAUCUCGUCAUUAAAAAGAAAGCACUUGAUUUACUCUACAAAAUUACCAAUUAAACUAAUGUUAAGUCAAUCGUCAAAGAACUCGUUAACUAUCUAUUGAUUGCUGACAAUGAAUUCAAAAAGGAACUUUCAAAUAAGAUCUGCAUGGCAUGUGAGAAAUAUGCCCCAAAUAAAAAAUGGCAUAUUGACACUGUAAUUAAGGUACUUACUUUGUCAGAGGGUCAUGUUAGAGAGGAGUUCAUAUCUCAAAUCAUUACAGUUAUUGCAACUACACCUGACCUUCAUUAAUACUCAGUGGCAAAGGCUUAUUAUGCUAUGAAAGAAAAUCUAAACUAAAUUGGCAUGGUUCAGCUCGGUAUAUGGCUUGUAGGAGAAUUCGGUGAAAUGCUGGUUAAUGGCUAAGCUAAAGAUCCAGAUAACAACCCAAUUAUUGUUGAUGAAGAUGAAAUCAUUGAGGUUUAUGAAAAGAUUCUAGAAGAUCAUAACAAAAAAGGUGAAAGAAGUGAUACUGUUAUAUGUUGGGCCUUGACUGCACUUUCUAAGUUGACUAUCCGUUUGAAGAGCAUUUAAGCCAAAGUUUAAGAAAUCACCAAUUCAUAUACCACUCACAUGAAUGUUGAAAUCCAGCAAAGAGCUUGUGAGUUCAUUUAACUAUUUGAUCAUAACUGGGAUGAGGAGAGAGUUGGCAUCUUUGAGCCUAUUCCCUUUAAAGGAGAUGAAAAUAUGCUCGUCGAUGCAACAAACAGGCCUAUUUUCGAUGAUGAGGAUGGCGAGAGAGAUGUUGCACCUUCAAAUGACACUGCAGAUCGCAAAGCUCCUAAAGCUAAAGUAGAACAGCAAAUUACUUAAUCUGAUAACAUGAUCGACCUCGAUAGUAUCUUAAGUGGGGGCUACAAUCAACCCUAAAACUAAUAGCAAAAUGCCUAAUAGAGUGCUCCAUCAGGAAAUCUAAUUGAUAAUCUAUUAGAUGUCUUUUCCACUCCUACUUAAUAAGUUUAAUAAAUCUCUUAAUAAUAGAUGAGUCAAAGCAAUAACCUGCUAAGUGGGAUUGAUGAUUUAAUAGGAUUUUCCAGUACUCCAAUUGUUAACAAUUAAGUAUAACAAAAUACUAAUCAGAUGUUCGGUAUUAAUGAUAUGUUCGGAGGCUUCUAAUCACAGCCAAUUCUAUAAUAGCAACAGCAAUAGCAACCAUAACAAUUUGUGGCAUAUGAAGAUGGAAAUAUCAAGAUCGGCUUUACAUUCGCUAAAGAGGACUAGAGCACUCAUCUUAUCAAAGCUUACUUCUCAAACAAAGUGCCUCAAAAUCUAGCUGGUAUUAAUCUUUAAAUUGCAGUCUAAAAAUACAUGAAACUUUCAAUUCUUCCAGCUACUUCGUCAGACCUACAACCACUAAUUCAAAACGGUAUAACUUAGGACAUUAAGAUUCAAAAUUCAAUGGAGGGGCAAAAGCCACUUGCUCUCAAAAUAAGAGUUCUCUAUACCCUAACUCAAACAGGAUAACAAGUAAAUGAGACAAAGGUCAUUAACUCCUUGCCGACCAAUUGA